AAGCACACCCAUUCAUAGUCGGCCCAGAGUGAAAACAAAUGCAGUCAUGUUAAAUAGAUUAAAAGGGAUUGCGCCAGGUUAUUUCUGGAUGGCCCGGGAAUAGACAAUCAGUCAGUCAAGCGUUCAUUCAGUCUGGAGUUCAGUGUCACAGCAUCCUCAACAUGUCACUGAGGCUCCUGCCCGCCAUUGUCAUGGACGAGGAGGACGACGACGGCAACUUCACCAAGUGGAUGAGCAGCUACUGGGGACACGGAGCUGAGGGAUGCGGAGCUGGAGGACACUCGCGCAAGAGAAGUUUUCGGAGACCCACCAACACCAAAGCUGAUAGACGGGCGUCACUUCCUACUGUGUCCCAGCUAGACGCCAUGAAGCUAAAUCAGCUGCACGAGGCCGCUGUGGCACCAAGCCACGCCAAGAGCCGAGAGGAAAAGGUCGAGGUCCGACCCCACCAGAGGGCUAGGCGGUCCUCUUCCGACGACAACGGGCGCACCAAGUCGGCCGUCCCAGAGAACCGCAUUGGCACCAUUCCAGAGCUGACCGAAUCCUUCCAAAAGAGGCUUUGUCUUCAAGAUAAAUGCAACCUGUCACUGAAUGACGAUGCCAAGUUAUGUCUGCUGUGUCAUGACAAUAUGUAUCAAAGUGGCGGGGCUGUUCAAGAACUGCACUGCGCGCAUGUGUUCCACAAGGAGGCUGCUCGCAGAUCUGAACACGGCAGCAGAGAGGUGGCGCCGACCUGCCUGGCUAGGAGACUGCUGAGCGACAGAAGGAAGUCUGCGGACGAGGCACGACAAGAACAACAACCGCACCAGUACACAUUCCGACGGCAGCUUUCCCUGCGCAGACACCGCUAAAUGCUAGCAUGAACUGUUUGCUUUUCAAUGGCGGGCUGCGCGUUGCCUUCAGUAGGGACUUCAGCCACGACUUACAAGUCACAACUAAAGAAAAAUAGGAAAAAAAUACUAUACAAAAAUGCAACGGAACAAUGAAAUGAAUGCAAUUUAGUGGAAUAGACAUUUACAUUAUCGUUGUAAACAGUGUAUAUACCUUCUACAUCUUUUUUUUCAGUGUGUGGAGCAAUGGCUUUGGAAGAAACAGACAUGUCCCACGUGUCGCCUCAUGGUGUCUAUGCCCAAACCCGUCUACUGGUCCUCAUCCCGCCUCAAAGUCCCGUAACGGCAUCCUUUGUGAAUCCUGCAUGUGAACUUGCCACAACCCUUCAUGGACUUCUCCCUGCCUUUCCAAAAAUGUAUGCGAAAACAUUGAAAACUCACGAUAAUCAUUUUCUGAAUACAGUGAUCCCUCGCUACUUUGCGCUUCAAACUUCGCACCCUCAGUCCAUCUCGGAUUUUUUUUUUUUUUUUUGAUUAAAAAAACCAAAACAAAAUAAAUACAGAUGAGUUGUCCCGAGCCGAUCGCGCAGUCUCAGUCUCCCUCCCUUUCCCUGCUUGUUGUUGGUCAGGUAGUAAGUGAACUGGAAUUUCCUAAUAAAGUUAACAAUGAUUGACAUACGUUGAUGUUUGAUGUUGCCAAAGAACCGAGCUUCAAAGCACGGCAUGCGUCAGUCAUCAUUUAAGUUGUUAAACAGUUGCUGUGGCAACUCAUUAUGUGUAAGUCAGCAGCUUUGGAUUUCAGUGGACUCACUCAAUGAAGCAUUAAAUGAAGCUAAGCAUCCUUUAUUCCUGUUUAAAAAUAACCCUUUGUGGGACAGUAACAUGUUUAAAACUUAUCAUAAUUAUUAUAUACACACACGUUUUUUUUUUUUUAAUUUUGGGGAAAAAAGUGAAAGAAAAACAUGUCUUUUAUGUAUAUCUCUCUCUUUCCAAUGCUAAAUCUGGAUAAAUACAUUGAACACACACAAAAAAAGUUAACUACUACUAGGGAUGUCUCGAUCCAGGUUUUUGCACUUCCGAUCCGAUACCAAUAUUGUUUUGCACUUCCGAUCCGAUACCGAUGCUGGCCGAUACCGGCCUAUCUGAGCCUGUGUUAAAGUUUAAAGUUAUUUAGCCUCCUCACUUAGUUGUCAGACUCAUGUUGAAAAGAGUUUUAGUACUCUUGAUAACAACUAGCCAGCUGAAUUAGGUGAGUUUGAAUAACACACAACGGUUGGUAACAAGAAACUGACCUGUUUAUUCAGUGAAGUGACAAACACAAUACAUUAUAAAUAACAAACAGAAAUGGCAUAGUCUUUCAGUAAAACGUGCCAAUAAUAUUGUAAACUGUCUUAAAAAAGCAAAACACACAAACAACCUCAGUGGAAAAUCCCACAAACCCCCCCAAGCUAUUAGAUGCUUUUAAUGUUUCGUCCAUUAGUUACAAUAAUUGUAUAAAAAGCCUCUCAGGUUUAAACGACUAUUUCAUUAUCAAGUUAACAUUUUAAAACAGUAAAUAAAAUACUCAAGUCCACAUUCUGUAUCAGCAGCUUUAAACUACAUUCAAUUCAUUUAAUUUUGCGAAUCAACUGUUAAAGUUGUUAAAAUUGCUCCCGUUAUUCCAUAAUUUCCCUUCUGUCUACUUUCGACAUGUGAAAGUUUAAAACUGUUUUGAAGAUAGAUUCAAGUCAAGAUUUUGCAGAUUUAGGAGUAUUUUAGAUAAAAAGUUAAUUAGGUUCGCUUGGAAGGUUCACAACAGCCUACUAGGGAAGUCUCCUGAGUUAAGAUCAGAGGCGUAGCAAGGGUCUCCGGGGGCCCCAGGCAACAAGCAACAUGGGGCCCUCCGAGCAUGUGCAAGUAAGGGGGACAGUUGGACUUGGAGCAAAUUGCUCCAAAUUCAACUGUCCCCCUUACUCUCACAUGUGUAUGUGUAAAGGCUUUACACAUACCGUAUUCUCGUGACUAGCUGGUAAGUUAUAUUGCUUUUACUUAGUAAGGAUAACAUUCUUGCACAAAGGUGAAUCAUGUAACAUCUUAUCGGUUUGGCUGAUCAGUGUGUAUGUUGAUUCUAAACACUGAUUUUAUGUUCUAGGUAACGUCUGUAUGUAUGAAGAAACGCUUGCAUGCUGCAAUGCUGUUAGCAAACGCUAACAAGCUAGUUACAACAAGUCAAGGCAGUUAAUUGGUUUAGGACAUAAAAAUGCUACUACUACUACCAGUCUGCAGUGCUUCUACUACAUUAGGACAUAAAACUACAGUAACAUAGUACACUCACCGCUGUCUUGCUUCAUUUUCUCUUCUGCUUUUUUCUUCUUUCGUUUUUUUGUUUCCAGAAGGAUAACUUCUCUUCAUUUUGCCAAUUAAAAAAAGGCCAGAUCGCCGGCCACUCUCACUCUGAGUCACGUGACACACAUACAUACUCGCCCAGUAUAAUGAACACAAAGGUGGGGGGUGCGAGUGCGCGCUGCGUGCACGUGCAGUCAUCUUGGCCAUAAAAGUGACGAAAACUAAGCACUUUACACUGACUCAUAUGGAUGUACUUUAUUCGUUCAUGGACACACACAUCAGGUGGCCGUCCUCUGCUCGAAAUGCGCACCUUAUUCUCGCUCCCAGAAUACGCAGCGCUUGUGACGUAGGACAAUAACAGGACUGGUUGUACGCAUACCCAAGGAACCUUGCUAAAAGGAGUAUUAAAAUUGCUAAUAAAAUCAUUUAAGAUUAUUUUAGAUGCAUGUUAUAUUUUUCUUAUAAAGUAUUCGACAAGGAAUACGAUAGACCCAUUAAUAGACUUUCUUGGAAAAAUCACCAUUUAUUAAAGUCACAUAAAUAAUGAGGUGGCCCGUGAAAAUCAACGUAAAACAACUCGGCAAGGACUUUCCAGAGAGUACUUGGUGAGUCACUCUUUAAACAAUCAUGUGGUGUCAAUAGCUGAUUGGACUUUACUUAUUUAUUUUCCCUUCAGGCAUGGCAAAUCCGAACAAACAUACAGCAUUUAUAUGUGUUUACAAUUGAUUCAACCCAAAAAGAGAAGCCGAAGCUUAUUGAAACCCGCCCCCAGUAUACCAUAUAGGACGCAGAAAAUGCGUCCUUCGUCUUCGAAGCAAAGAACAGAAUGAGCAACAUGUGUAAUCUUAAACAUGUGUAAUCUAAAUGACAUGGUUAAUGCUGAUUGGGAUUCAUAACAUAAUCGUUAUAUAAUCUGCCAAAUGAUUUCAUGGUAUUGAAACACUCCCAGCACUUGUCACUGCGACAUUGCAGUAAAGCUGUGUGUGCUAAAUCUGUUGGCCCUCUGGGGGCCCCUGCUGGCUGGGGGCCCAAGGCAAUUGCCUGCGUAUGCCUAAUGGGACGCUACGCCUCUGGUUAAGAUGGCGGCCGUUUAAUAACGCAUCUAGUUUUCCACACUUCAAUGUUGCUGACGCAGUCGAGUCUGUAAUUUUGCAUCUAGUUCUAUAUACAUAUGAUAUCUAUUAUCAACAGUUACACAAUGUUGACGUAGUUUGUAGCGGCUGUCAGCAGCAGUCAGGUAUUGUUGUGUUUUUUAUCCAGCGGCAUGAGUUGAGCUAAAGCCGUGAGUUGAGCAGAGCAUUGGCAUUACCCGGGUCUACGACUAGCAUGAUGUUUACUCUCGGGACGCAAUGCGGUCCGUUUCUCAUUGCGUCCCGAAGACCGCGCUGUGUAUUAGUUCCGCUUUACUCGACAUAUUUCAAUAAUCAGAAUUUGGAUGUUUGUGAAUCGAUCUCGAAUCUUCCACGGCCGAAUCGCUUAAGGAUGUAAUGACGGCUGGGCAUGUUGUACCGUGGUUCUAAGUGUUUGAUGGUGCGUCUUUACUCACGAGAGAUAAUGGCUCAUCAUCCAGAAUGAAUUCUUCGGCAAUGACAUUUGUUAUUCCCUGGGCUUUGGGACUGUCGAGUGCCAGUUUGUCACGCAUAGCAAAAGUUUCUGCAAGUGUUAGUUGCGUAGACCUUUCUUUUUGUCUUCGGUUUUCUUAACAAACUCCUUAUAUUGUUUGUGGUGGUUUUUCACUAAAUACUUAUUUAGGUUGGUUGAAUUAAAACUUCUUACAGCUUUACCACCACGCUUGACUUUAUUGUGGCAUAUGUUGCACUCUGCCUCUUCGUCUUUGUCGUCCUUUAAGGUGAAAUGAUCCCACACAGCUGACAUUUUUACCAAUUAAGUCUCUCAGUAUAUUGGGAGACGUUGAUGUAGUGUGUUGAAGGUGUGCCGUAAAAUGCGGACUGGAUUUUAGGGAAACCGAAGCAAAAACUGGAAUGGAUUAUGUAAAUCCGUGCGCUGGAAAACCCGGACCGGAUUUUGUUAAAAAACUGGAUCGGAAGUCUGGAUCGAAAUUUUUCCGUGUCGGCCAAUCCGAUGCGCAUUUUUUUGCCCAUAUCGGCGUCCGAUCCGAUAUUUCUAACUACUACUACUGCUACUUCGCUGUUUAUCACUUAUCACCGUGGGUUCUGAUCCCCAUUAACCGCGAAAAACGAGGGAUCACUGUAAAGCUAAAAAUGUGUAAAGACAAUUGUGAUUUUCUGGCAGCUAACAAUGCUGUUAUUAGUGAAGUACGUAUUGUAUACAGUAUAGUCCACUUUUAUAGCAAGCACAAGUGUUCCCCAGCACACUACAGGCUGAAGGUUAUGAGUGCAUGCCCUCUACUGGCUAACCCAUAUCCUACAGGCAACACAGGCACCAGUAAGUCAGUAAUUAAUUAAACAGCACUGAUAAUUUUAAAAAAAAAAUCUAAACUUAGGCUCCGAGGAACUUUGGAUACUGGCCCAUGCUACAAAGCUACCAAGUUUCAAGACGAUUCAUGAAUAACAGGGGAGUAAGAUUUCAAAGUUAGAUUCCACAAGAAGAACAACAACUGCUUUAGUGGCACCUUUACAGGCCUUUAGCCUCUUAAGAAAAAAUCAAUAUAUUGUAAUUAGAGAGUUGUGAAUAAUUUUCAGAAUCAUUCACUACUCCUUAAUUACCUUACAUACAGUAGAUUUUUUUUAAAGGAAACUAUAUACAGUGCUGGCCAAAGGCAAUUCUGUCAGAUAAUGCUCAAUAUCUCCCAGAAAAUGAUUGCAAUUACAAAUGCUUUGGUAGUAAUAGCUUCAUUUAUUUUGCUUGCAAUGCAAAAACACAAACGAGAAUGGAAAAAAAAAAAUUAUCAUUUUACACAAAACUCCAAAAAUGGGCCGGACAAAAGUAUUGGCACCCUCAGCCUAAUACUUGGUAGCACAACCUUUAGACAAAAUAACUGCGAACAACCGCUUCCAGUAUCCAUCAAUCAGUUUCUUACAACGCUGGAAUUUUAGACCAUUCUUCUUUGGCCAACUGCUCCAGGUCUCUGAGAUUUGAAGCGUGCCUUCUCCAAACUGCCAUUUUCAGAUCUCUCGAUAGGUGUUCUAUGGGAUUCAGGUCUACAGUCAUUGCUGGCCACUUUAGAAGUCUCCAGUGCUUUCUCUCAAACCAUUUUCUAGUGCUUUUUGAAGUUGUUUUGGGUCAUUGUCCUGCUGGAAGACCCAUGACGUCUGAGGGAGACCCAUCUUUCUCACACUGGGCCCUACAUUAUGCUGCAAAAUUUGUUGGCAGUCUUCAGACUUCAUAGUGCCAUGCACAGGGUCAAGCAGUCCAGUGCCAGAGGUAGCAAAGCAACCCCAAAACAUCAGUGAACCUCCACCAUGUUUGACUGAGGGGACCGUGUUCUUUUCUUUGAAGGCCUCGUUAUUUUUCCUGUAAAUUCUAUAUUCAUGCAUUUUCCCAAAAAGCUCUACUUUUGUCUCAUUUGACCAGAUAACAUCCUUCCAAAAAGUUUUUGGUAGGUAAGUUUUGGCAAACUCCAGCCUGGCUUUUUUACGUUUCCCCGGUCAGAAGUAGGGUCUUCCUUGGUAUCUUACCAUAGAGUCCCUUUUCAUUCAGAUGCCGACAGAUAGUACGGGUUGACACUGUUGUACCCUCAAACUGCAGGACAGCUUGAACUUUUUUGGAUGUGAGUCGAGGUUCUUCAUCGACCAUCUGCACAAUCUUUAGUUGAAAUCUCUCAUCAAUUUUUCUUUUCCUUCCACAUUUAGGGAGGUUAGCCACAGUGCCAUGGGCUUUACACUUAUUGAUGACACUGCACACGGUAGACACAGGAACAUUCAGGUCUUUGGAGGUGGACUUGUAGCCUUGAUAUUGCCCAUGCUUCCUCAAAAUUUUGCUUCUCAAGUCCUCAGACAGUUCUUUGGUCUUCCUUCUUUUCUCCAUGCUCAAUGUGGUACACACAAGGACACAGGACAGAGGUUGAGUCAACUUUAAUCCAUUUUAACUGGCUGCUAGUGUGAUUUAGUUAUAGCCACCACCUGUUAAGUAACACGGGUAUGUAACAGGUGCUGUUAAUUACACAAAUUAGAGAAGCAUCACAUGAUUUUUCAAAGGGGGCGAAGACUUUUGUCCGACACAUUUUUGGAGUUUUGAGUAAAAUGAUAAUGAUUUCAUUUUUUUUUUUUUUUCAUUCUCUUUUGUGUGUUUUCAUUGCAAAAAAUAAAUGAAGAUAUAACUAUCAAAGCAUUUGUAAUUACAAUCAUUUUCUGGAAGAAAUUGAGCAUCAUCUGACAGAAUUGCAGGGGUGCCCGUACUGUUGGCCAGCAGUGUAUAUAAAAUUUUUGUGGAACAACAACAACAACAAUACCAUGUUAGUGGUGUUAAAAAUGAUGUUAGUUUGAUCAUUUUCCAUACCAUGUUUUCUGUUCUUAUGAAGAAAAAAAAACAAAUGGAAGUCAAGCAUAAUGUUACUUUCAUGUGUCUGUGUGUUGUUAUUGGUGUAUUUUAUUCAUAUUUUUGAAAAUAAAUGCGAUUUGAUUGUUAUUGGUCGUCUUUAGAAUGUUUGCUCAUUUGCUAAACCGAAGUCCUUGUUUUUUCCGUUAACUAAAUUAUACUCUUUGGCAACUGCACGCAAUUCAUUGAACGAAUGCCUCGUUUAGAUACAAAAUUCCAAAAGGGAGGUGCCAAAGUGGACAAAAGAUCCUCCUCCGGCUGCUGUGGACGUGCAGCGUUCCUCGGAUGUAAGGAAAGUUUUGGGUUUGCUAUCUUUUUUUUUUCACCGUUGAAGCAGGCGGAGACAGAGCUGUGUAAAACAGAGUUGCGACACUCCCAUAGAGAUCCAUUAUACGAUUUUACUUCCGGGUUGUGGAGCCUCGGGUAGUUCCAAACAUCGCUUCGACGAGGGCGGACCGCAUUCAUAUGAAUGGCUGGUUGAAAGCAUAUUUGGCGGUAAGUUGAUGAAACAAAUGAUUUCUUUUGAAUUUGAGUAUUGAUUGAAGUAAUGUUGUUUAUUGUUCGGGCCACAUUUUGGC